AUGAUUUCCCAAUUGAAUCGGUUCAUCACGUCAGGUUCGGGCCUGGAGAAGACGCUCCGUUUAUGCCAGGCCGUUGCUCAGAUCGCCGCGGUGUUUACCGUCCACAGCACCGCGGUGCGUUUGACAACCGCCAAGUUACAAUUGGCUCUGACACGGCGGUUCUUCCGUUUCUUCGGCUUCAUUGAGUCCUUCCAGCGCGUGUCUGCGCGACUCAGCAUGGAAGGAAUGGGGUCUGUGUCUGGCUGGCUGGAGUUAGCCAAGUGGACCUGUUUUGGACUGUAUUUCAUCCUCGAAGAUUUGACGAUCCUGCACGCCAUGGGUGUCUACUUGGUGCCUUGGGAGGCGCGUGUGAUGCGGGAGGCAAACACUUUCUGGUUCUAUGCUUUGUUUUUCUCUAUACUAGGAUCGGUCUAUGGACUUCUCUUCACAUCAGAUGAGCGGUCGCCCAAGGCAGAAGACCAGAAAAAGAAAAGCGGUCAAAAAAGCCAGAAGGAAAAGGCCGCGACGAUAGCAGAACCCGAGGUCCCUCACUCGUCUACGCUGGUGCGACAGAUCAUUGUCGAUAGCUGUGAUAUGCUGAUUCCUGCGGAGCUUCUCAACUGGUUUCCCACCGGUGACUUGGUGUUGGGUGUGACGAUGGUGAUGAGCACCCUGCUAACCGGGCACGCCAUCUGGAAGCGGAAGGACGAUACUGAAGUACGGGCUCCGAAAAAGAUAUCAAUGGAACCAAAAAAGAUGGACUCGCGGGGAAUCGAACCCCGGACCACCCCCAUGCUAAGGGGGUAUUAUACCACUAAACCACAAGCCCAAUUCGAUGGAAGAAGGCUGAGAUUUUGA